AUGUCGGACCCAAGAUUUUAUCGCUUGGAUUUGGUGAACCUUGGUGACCUAUUUCAUCCAGACGUACCUUUUUCGGAAUGGUGCAAGAAGUGCCAAUCUGCGGACGAGAGUGGUUUUGGCAACAAUCGGCUACAGGACUUCGCUCCUGAUCUGACACCGCUGGAACACCUGGAGAGGAUCUGUGGUACGUUAUUGUACAUCAAUCUCAGUGGGGCUGGACUCCUGUGGCUGACCAUUGCAUUGAUUUGCUUCUGUUGUGGUUGGCAUGGCACUGCAAUGACCUUCACCAACUACAUUUUUCUCCCAAUGGGCAUUUGGUUGCUCAUCUACUGCUUCUAUGAUCGUGCAAAGGAUUCACGUUAUGGAAUCCACCACAAGAAUCAGCAUAAAUAUUUGCAUAUGAAAUAUGUCUGGCCAGUAGAGCUGCAUCCUCCACGGCCCAGUAAGGGCCCAUUGAUCUUCUGCAUAGUACCACGCGGGGUAUUACCCCUGGGGAUUGACUAUGCGAUGUUUGACAAGCUUGGCGCUGGACGAUGCAACUUCGCCGCUCCAUCAAUCUUGUUCAAACUUCCCCUUGUUGGCCACUAUCUCCAGCGAUCGGGGGUCGUACCUGCCAACGCCAAGAACAUCCGUGCUGCCUUAGCGAGGAAUGAAAAUGUGGGUGUUGUCCUGGAUGGAAUCGGUGGACUGUUUCAAGCAACCGAAGGUCGACAAGAGGUGGCAUAUCUCCUGAAACGAAAAGGGAUUGUCAAGAUUGCCCUUGAAGCUGGUGCAUCACUUGUGCCAGUCUAUGGCUUUGGGCAUUCAGAGCUAUGGACCACAGUGAUUGAUCCAUUUCGACUUCUGGAGCGCUUGUCUCUGGCGCUGGAUAUGCCUUUGGUGCCUUUCUUUGGCUUGGGCGGUUGGCCCCUGGGCCCCACCAAUCGGGUCCCGCUAGCAAUGGUUUUCGGGCAGCCGCUGGAAUGCCCCCAGAAGGCAGAUCCAUCACAGGGUGAGAUUGAUUGCUACCAUACAUUUUUAUUGGACAGUUUCAAGGAGACCUUUGACAAGCAUAAGGUUCUGUGCCAAGCUGGUGAUUUGGCCUUGCGAUUGAUUGGUACCCAGUGUGUUUGUGUGGCCAGGUGCAUGUCGUUUCCUCUUUCCCUUCAAUGUGCGAAGGCCCAACAUGCCCACAGUCAAGAAGCUCACCGCAGGUUGGAGAGUGAGGUGAGUGUCGCCAGUGUCCCACGCCAAAAGGUUCGCAUCUCGCGGCAACGGCUUUUGGAGAGUGCCGUGAAAGUCAUGAACCUUUACUCCUCUGGCAAUGCGCUGCUGGAGAUUGAAUAUGUUGGAGAGGUGGGCACUGGAUCUGGUCCCACCUUGGAAUUCUACGCUCAAGUGGCUGAACAUCUGAGGAGCUCAUCGCCGGCGCUUUUCCGUCAGAACGUGCCUGCUGGAAUGCUCUUCCCUGCACCCUGGGAUCCAAACUGGCUGAGAAGUGCUGACGACCAGGUUGCUCAACAGAUUCUGGAGAGAUUUAGGCUGUUGGGUCAGAUCGUGGCCAAGUGCAUCAUAGACAAUCGCCUGGUGGACAUCCAGCUGCAUCCUGCAGUUUGGAGAUCCGUGCUGGGCCUCGCACCCUUGUCACAAGAAUCUCUGCGAGCAGUAGACCCUGAGUUAUAUUCAUCGCUGGUGAAUAUCCGUGACAUGGACAGCAGCAAAGUGGCAGAGCUGUGCUUGGACUUUACUCUUCCAGGCUAUCCCAAGAUUGAAUUGAAGCCGGGUGGUGCUGGCAUCACUGUCACAG